ACGAUCUUCAAGUGCUAUAUAUUAAUUAAACGUUCACAACAUAUAUACUCCCACACACAAUACAUGUAUGACAUCCCUAAACAAAUUAUGAGCUAAACAAGUGUAAGACGAGCUGUAUUUACUAAUAAAAGUCCUGUUCAGAUUCUAUAUUUUCGUGGCUCUUUUGGAAACUUGUUUAGUUUACUCGAUCAGUCGCAGUGCCGGCACUUGGAAACCAUCUUCUUCCAUAUAUAAUUACAUUUUCUUCUUCUUUUCCUUUCAUAUCUUUUUAAUUAAAAUUUUACAACUCUUGCAAUGGCGACUGAUCACCAAAAUGGUGGAUCUGAUCUUAAUGCACCCUUCCUUGAUGAUCAAAGCCAAACCCAAUCACUGGAUUUAGGAGAUCACAUUGUUGCUCAUACCAAAGAGGUCACCUCUUUUUUCAACACUUGUUUUAAAGGACUCAAUGCUUUAUCAGGUGGUACUCCGUCGUCGGUUGUUGAAGGGACUCAACUAGAAAGAGUGACCUUUACAACGAGCUUUCCCUGUGUUUGUUUUGUAACAUGCAUAUGUUCUAUGGGGAUGGUGUGUAACUCUGAUUUGAAUUUGAAUAUGUUAUAAAGUACCUUUUAUUUAACUACAAUUUUAUUUGAAUGAUACCCUUGAAAGAUUUGAUAAAUUUUAUUAAUUAUGUUUUGUGAACUGUUUUUGCUUGUAU